AUGAAGCUCCCAGCCAGAUCGCUCAUCAAAAAGCUCAUCCGCGCACAUCUUCCGCCCAACACGAGGCUUUCAAAAACAGCCGAUCUUUACGUGAUGCUCGCCUUCCUCAUCUACUUGCAGCGCCUCGCCAACGAGUCGAGGGUGGCGCAUCAGAUCGACCUGUCCAACGGGCUGAAAGGAUCAAGAUCGAUCACCAGACGCCAUAUCAAUGGCGCUCGCAAACGCGUCCGCGGUUGA